GUACCACGAUGGAACCACAACAUAUGGAGGUUACUCCGACAUCAUGGUGGCAAAUGAGCACUUCGUAGUGCGUGUUCCCGACAACCUGCCUCUUCACGGUGCUGCUCCUCUCCUAUGUGCUGGGGUUACAACUUACAGCCCCUUAAGGUAUUUCGGACUUGACAAACCCGGCAUGCAUGUGGGUGUGGUAGGCGUCGGUGGUCUGGGCCACGUGGCCGUGAAGUUUGCAAAGGCUAUGGGGGUUAAGGUCACAGUGAUCAGUACCUCCCCCAAUAAGAAAUCGGAAGCCAUUGAAAACCUCGGUGCUGAUUCAUUUUUGGUCAGCCGCGACGAUGGCCAAAUGAAGGCUGCCAUGGGCACAAUGGAUGGUAUCAUUGACACCGUUUCUGCUGUCCACCCUCUCUUGCCUUUGAUUGGUUUAUUGAAGAAUAAUGGAAAGCUUGUUUUGGUUGGAGCACCCGAGAAGCCUCUUGAGCUACCUGUUUUUCCUUUGCUCAUGGGAAGGAAGAUAGUGGCUGGUAGUGUUGUUGGAGGUAUGAAGGAAACCCAAGAGAUGAUUGAUUUUGCAGGUAAACACAACAUAACAGCAAACGUCGAGGUUAUCCCAGUUGAUUAUGUGAACACGGCUAUGGAGCGUCUCAUCAAAACAGAUGUUAGAUACCGUUUUGUCAUCGACAUUGCAAACACAUUGAAGUCAAGCUCUUAAAUUUUACAUCCCAAAGUUACUCAUCUUGGCAAAAUAAGAUUAUAUACUAAUAUUCGAUUUAGUUGUUUCAGCGGUGUUGUCUACCGUAUGGUGAAAAUU